AUGUCCUCCGGCGAACCCAAUGACUUCUGGGACAGGGCGAGCAACAGCCUUAUGAAGACCGGGGUUCCAUUUUCGCCGGCUAUCAUCGUCAGGGCGCAGGGUACUAGGCUCUAUGACCAUGAAGACAGACAGAUCCUCGACUUUACCUCGCGUCAGAUGAGCUCGCUACUCGGCCAUUCCCACCCGGAAAUUGUUGAAGUUAUCCAGAAAUACGCUGCAGAACUAGAUCAUCUUCUAAGUACCAUGAUAUCUCCUCCAGUGAUUCGCCUUGCGGAGCGCCUUCGACGCCUGCUUCCACGGACCCUGGAAAAGUCUUUCUUUCUCAACACGGGUGGUGAAUCAGUGGAAGCUGCCAUCAAGCUAGCAAAGUGCUAUACUGGAAAGUUCGAGAUCAUUGCCUUUUCAGCCAGCUACCAUGGCUUAACACAGGGAGUUGUAUCGGCCACUUAUUCUGUUGGUCGAAAAUAUGGUGGUCCCAUUGACUGGGAGGCUGAGAUGGAUUACGGGUGGUCUUUGAUUGAUAGACAAACUGUUGGAUCACUUGCAGCCUUCGUUAUGGAACCUAUCUUGUCUACUGGAGGUGUACUUGAGUUGCCUAAGGGCUAUCUACACAGAAUGAGCGCUGAGUGCAAGAAACGGGGGAUCCUGAUGAUUCUCGACGAAGCCCAAACAGGCGUCGGACGUACUGGGCAGAUGUUUGCCUUUGAGCAUGAUGAAGGAUUUGUCCCUGAUAUUCUCUGUCUAUCAAAGACCCUUGGCUGCGGCCUGCCACUGUCCUCUGUUAGCACGACCGCAGAUAUCGAACAACGCGCCAACGAGGCCGGAUUGCUAUGGCUGUCCACUCAUAUCAAUGACCCUUUGGUGGCGGCUGUUGGGGACAAGGUUCUGGAGAUUGUGGAGCGAGACGGCAUCUGUCAGCGUGCCGCAGAACGUGGCGACCAAUUACUCCGAGGUCUACUUGCUCCUCAGAAGAAACAUUGGUGCAUUGGGGAUGUUCGUGGUCGGGGAUUGCUGCAAGGUAUAGAGAUAAUCUCGGAUCCUAAAACAAAGGCUUCCGGUUCUGCACUGGGCCAAGCGGUUUCAGAGAGGGCGCUGGCUCAGGGUCUCUCAUGCAACAUCGUUACUUAUCCUGGGAUGGGUGACGUGUUUCGUUUGGCACCGCCGGUCACGGUUACUGCGUCCGAAAUCGAGGAAGGACUCGAAAUUCUCGACGAGGCGUUAGCAUACGUCCUUACUGAGCGCGGGAUCCCCAACUAA